UUCGGAGAGGAGCGCGACCGCCAUUUUGAGUUUUGCCUCAAAACUGAACCUCUAGAACAGCAACGGAGAGAGAGAGAGUUAGAGCGAGGGGGGCAGAGUGAGAGCGUGUGAGAGAGAGAGUGAGAGAGUGAAAGUGAGAGAGGCAGACUCGCCGCGGCCGCAGACGGACAGAAUUAUUCUCUUUUUUUUUUAUUAUUUUAUUGGGGAUAAAGCGCCGGCGAUGCGCCUGCUCGCCGUGGGGCCUCCGCGGGUGGGAGAGUCGAGCUGAAGCACCGCCGUCUCUUUAAACUUGUAGCCGCGUUUAGCGCUGGUUUGAAUGGAUAGCUGUUCUGCCCGCUCCCCCUUCUUACAAGAGGGACGGCUGGAGGAGCAUACGGACUGGAAAAGCGCUGCGGGGGAAAGUUGUUGUGUUUGAAGCCUAGCUAGCUACUAGCUCUGGUUAACUAAUUUCUUUUCUCUUAAAAAAAAAUCUCUAAAUAGCUGCUGCUGACCUGAAUUUCCCCUCAGUGCAAGAGAGUGAGUGAGUGAGUGUGUGUAUAAGAGUGUGUUUGGGGGGGGAGGAGGAGGAAAAACGGGGGGAAAAUAGACUCUGAGACUCUCUCCUUUUUACUUCAUCGGGCCUCCAGCGUAUUGGAGCCCGGGCUCGUAGACUCAGAUUUAGCUAUCCACUCUUAGCGCCAGGCAGCCGCCCCCCCACCAAAGGCGCCGAGAUUGGGCGAAUAGCAAGCAAAUACGUCCGCGUGUCUCUGCCCGCUCCCCCACCGGCCUCCCUCACUCCAACCCCGGCGCUGACUGCAGGAAAGGCCGAGGUCGUGCUAGUGCAGCAGGCCCAGGCGCAGAGGCUCGACCUGAGCACCCCACCUCCACCACCACCUCCGCAUCCUCCAGCUCCCCUCCACCACUACAAUCUCCACCAGCAGCACCACCACCAGCCACCUAGGUCCACUGUCCCCACGGAACCGACACAGGACAAGGUCGAGGGAGAGGGAGACAAAGCCCAAAGAGACAGGCAACAUCCUGACCAGCAGCAGCAACAUCACCAUCAUCCUCCUGCCGCAGCAGCAGACAUCGCCACCAUGAACCACCACCACCACACUCAACAACAACAGCAGCAACAGAAAGCCGGCGAGCAGCAGCUCAGCGAGCCGGAGGACAUGGAGAUGGAAGCUGGGGACACAGAUGAUCCCCCAAGAAUCCCUCCAAAUCCUGUCAUCAAUGGGAAUGUGGCAAUGGCGGACGGACACAACAACACAGAAGAAGACAUGGAGGACGAUACAAGCUGGCGUUCAGAGGCCACCUUCCGCUUUGUGGUGGAGCGUUUCAGCAGGUUGAGCGAGUCGGUUCUCAGCCCAUCAUGUUUCGUGAGGAAUCUUCCAUGGAAGAUCAUGGUGAUGCCCCGCUUCUACCCAGACAGACCUCACCAGAAGAGUGUGGGCUUCUUUCUGCAGUGUAAUGCUGAGUCAGAUUCUACAUCAUGGUCAUGUCACGCUCAAGCCAUGCUGAAGAUCAUCAACUACAAAGACGAUGAAAAGUCAUUCAGUCGUCGGAUCAGUCACCUGUUCUUCCACAAGGAAAACGACUGGGGUUUCUCCAACUUCAUGUCAUGGAGCGAUGUAACUGAUCCAGAAAGAGGCUUUGUGGAAGAUGACAAGGUCACGUUUGAGGUUUAUGUCCAGGCUGAUGCUCCACAUGGAGUGGCAUGGGAUUCUAAGAAGCAUACAGGUUAUGUAGGGUUGAAGAACCAGGGAGCCACAUGUUACAUGAACAGCCUACUACAAACACUCUUCUUCACCAACCAGCUCCGGCGGGCGGUAUACAUGAUGCCCACCGAAGGCGAUGACUCCUCCAAAAGUGUUCCUCUUGCUCUGCAGAGGGUCUUCUAUGAACUCCAACACAGUGAUAAGCCCGUCGGGACAAAGAAGCUGACUAAGUCCUUUGGGUGGGAGACUUUGGAUAGUUUUAUGCAGCAUGAUGUGCAGGAGCUGUGCAGAGUGCUUCUGGACAAUGUUGAGAACAAGAUGAAAGGAACUUGUGUCGAAGGCACGAUCCCAAAGCUCUUCAGAGGAAAGAUGGUGUCCUACAUCCAGUGUAAGCAUGUGGAUUAUAGGUCUGAACGAAUAGAGGAUUACUACGACAUCCAGCUCAGCAUAAAAGGAAAGAAAAACAUCUUUGAGUCGUUCAAAGAUUACGUGGCUGUGGAGCAGCUGGAUGGGGAUAACAAGUAUGAUGCGGGGGAGCAUGGCCUACAGGAAGCUGAAAAAGGGGUGAAGUUUCUGACUUUCCCUCCUAUCCUGCACUUACAGCUCAUGAGGUUCAUGUACGACCCCCAGACUGACCAAAACAUUAAGAUAAAUGACAGGUUUGAGUUUCCUGAGCAGCUACCACUAGAUGAGUUCCUGCAGAAGCCAGAUGUGAAGGAUCCUGCCAACUACAUCUUGCAUGCAGUGCUGGUGCACAGCGGGGACAACCACGGAGGCCACUAUGUCGUCUAUCUCAACCCCAAAGGAGACGGCAAAUGGUGCAAAUUUGAUGAUGACGUUGUUUCCCGCUGCACUAAAGAGGAAGCCAUAGAACACAACUACGGUGGCCAUGAUGACGACCUCUCCGUACGUCACUGCACCAACGCGUACAUGUUGGUGUACAUCCGAGAGUCUAAACUGAGUGAAGUGCUACAGCCAGUCACAGACAUGGAUAUCCCUCAGCAGCUGGUGGAACGGCUGCAGGAGGAGAAGAGGGUGGAGGCACAGAAACGGAAGGAGCGCCAGGAGGCUCAUCUCUACAUGCAAGUACAGAUGGUGACAGAGGACCAGUUCUGUGGACACCAGGGCAAUGACAUGUACGAUGAGGAGAAAGUGAAGUACACAAUAUUCAAGGUUCUGAAGAGCUCGACCCUAGCGGAGUUUGUGCAGAACCUAUCACAGACCAUGGGUUUCCCACAGGACCAGAUGCGGCUGUGGCCCAUGCAGGCCAGGAGCAAUGGCACCAAGCGGCCAGCCAUGCUGGAUUAUGAGGCUGAUUGCAACAAGUCUAUGAUUGACUUGAGCGACAACGAGAAUCCGUGGACAAUAUUUUUGGAAACGGUAGACCCAGAAAUGGCUGCAAGCGGUGCAACAUUACCCAAGUUCGACAAAGACCACGAUGUCAUGUUGUUCUUGAAGAUGUAUGACCCCAAAACCAGAAGCUUAAAUUAUUGUGGACAUAUCUACACACCUAUAUCCUGUAAAAUACGAGACUUGCUGCCCGUCAUGUGUGAAAGAGCAGGGUUUCAGCAGGGAACUAGUCUUAUCCUCUAUGAGGAAGUUAAACCGAAUUUAACAGAGCGUAUACAGGACUAUGAUGUCUCCCUGGACAAAGCUUUGGAUGAGCUAAUGGAUGGAGACAUCAUCGUGUUCCAAAAGGACGACCCAGAGAACGACGCCAGUGAGCUGCCAACUGCAAAAGACUACUUCAGAGACCUGUACCACCGUGUGGAUGUCAUCUUCUGUGACAAAACCAUCCACAACGACCCAGGCUUCGUUGUGACGCUGUCUAACAGAAUGAACUACUUCCAGGUGGCGAAGACUGUUGCACAGAGGUUAAACACUGACCCCAUGCUCUUACAGUUCUUCAAGUCCCAGGGGUACAGAGAUGGCCCAGGCAACCCACUCAGGCACAACUAUGAGGGCACUCUCCGAGACCUGCUGCAGUUCUUCAAGCCCCGGCAGCCUAAGAAGCUCUAUUACCAGCAGCUCAAGAUGAAGAUCACUGACUUUGAAAAUAGGAGGAGUUUCAAGUCCAUAUGGCUCAACAGUCAGUUCCGGGAGGAGGAGAUCACACUGUACCCAGACAAGCAUGGCUGUGUUCGAGACCUUCUGGAAGAAUGUAAAAAGGCAGUGGAGCUCUCUGAUAAAGGCUCAGAGAAGCUGAGGCUGUUAGAAAUUGUAAGCUACAAAAUUAUCGGGGUUCACCAAGAGGAAGAAUUGCUAGAAUGUUUGUCUCCUGCAGCCAGUCGAACAUUCAGAAUAGAGGAAAUCCCGCUUGACCAGGUGGACCUGGAUAAGGAAAAUGAGAUGCUGAUUCCAGUUGCACAUUUCCACAAGGAGGUCUUUGGGACUUUUGGUAUUCCAUUCUUGCUGAAGAUCCGCCAGGCGGAACCCUUCAGAGAGGUGAUGAGGAGGAUCCAGAGCAUGCUGGAUAUCCAGGAGAAAGAAUUUGAGAAGUUUAAGUUUGCAAUUGUCAUGAUGGGUCGGCAUCAGUACAUCAAUGAGGAUGACUAUGAAGUGAAUCUGAAGGACUUCGAGCCACAACCAGGAAACAUGUCCCACCCGAGGCCUUGGUUAGGUCUCGAUCACUUCAACAAGGCUCCAAAGAGAGGGCGCUACACGUACCUGGAGAAGGCGAUUAAGAUUCACAACUGACAAGCUCUCCCCACCUUAACCGACCCUACUAAAGACUUUAACCAAACUGUCUUGUGUGCACCACUUUUACCACCUGCUGUCUGGGCACACAGGCCCAAUGUAUGAAGUCUUCAGCAAAACGGAGUUGCGCUCAUGGGUUUUUCCUUUUCUUUUCUUUUUUUUUUUUCUUUCCCCUUCCCUUUUUUUCCUCUCCGAUUUGGCUUCACUAUCAACUGCCUAUUUCGUCUGGAAGAACUAAUUGGAUUUUAACGAAAGGAGGGGAUCAGUAUGAACUUCUAGACAGGUUUUUUUUUUGUUUCGUUUUUGUUUCUUUUUUUUCCUUUUUAAUUUCGUUUUUAAAUGAAUUAAUUGUUCCGUCAAGAAAGCUGCUGCGAAGCGAGGGGUAAGGAUGACAAGUUUAUGCCAUUUGCAAGUAAGUUAAGUAAAAUGAAAGGAUUUUUCUUUUCAAAAAAACAGAAAAAAAAACAAUAAAAAACAAAAACAACUCAGAUGGCUUAUAGCUUGCUAGUUGCCCUGAAGUGGUUCCAUUUUUUUCUCGUCCUUUAGUGCAACUAGGCAAUUUUUCAUGUUUACACAGUUCUUUCUCACUUAGUUCAAUUGGAGGAGGUUCAGUUUGUCUUUUUCUGGAAAAUCUCUUGUAUGAUAAAUGAAAAAUCAAAAAUCCACAGCAUCCUUUUAGAUUUAAAAAAAAAAUAAAAAUAAAUAAUGCAACCAGAACUGAUAUAAAAUUGUCUGUACUUCAUCUUGCACGUUGGCACUUAAAUAUCAAAGGUUUUACAUUUCUCAGCACUGGAAAAUGUAAUCUUUGGUUGUUAUUUGGCCCCUGGCCCCUCCCCUCACAUCCUCUGUCCCCCUCCUGCGCUCCUCAGUCGCUUUGCCGUGGGAUUGUUCUGAAGUUUGGCGGGUGGGGCGGCUUACUGAAGGCUCCGUGUUCUCUGUACUGUGCUUCGGGCUUUGGCAGGAGGCUGCAGACAUUUGGUAGACUGGUUCAGAACUUAGAGAAACCAGCAUUAAAUGAACCAAUACGAAUCCUUGGGGUUUCUCCUUUUUUCCUUUUUUUUUUUUCUUUCUUUUGUUACUUUUUCUCUCUUCUUUUGUUUGUUUUCUAGGGGUUUUUUUGCUUAUUGCUCAUCCUUUUUUUUCUUUUUUGUAAGCACAGCAGGGGGUGCUCCCUAGUGCGUAGUUGGCUUUGUAAAGACAACAUUUAAAAUUGUAUAUUUAAAGAAUGGACAUGUAAAAUUAAAGACACACUUUGUUGGGUACAGAUCAAUUCAGAUGUUCAUAUUCCUUGUGUGUAGUUUUAUUUUGGACGCUGACUUUCCGUUUUAUUUGGUCUUUACCCUUUUUUUUUCUUCUCCCGCCCUUUCCUCCUCCCUUAACUACUUGCAACAGUUUGUCUUGUUUAAGUGCAGUACAGAAUGACCUGCAAAUCACAUAUUUUAAUUUGAUUUUUUUUUUGUUUUUUUUGUUCCACUCUAAUUCCUCCGUGUAGCAGCAGUGUACGACAACUAUUCCUGUAUAUUGCCUUUUUGCUGAAAAAUGUAUGUUGAAUAAAAAUUUUCUAUAAAA